CUCGUCGGAUGGCUUCAAGAAUUAUAAGCCUCCCGAGUUGAAAAGAGAGAAGGGAGAGACAGAGAGCGAGACGAGCCAUGGCGACUUCGAGCGUCCCGAGGCUCCUCUCCCUCCUCCUCCUGCUCUCGGCCCUUUCGCUUUCCUUGGGGUCGUCCUCCAUGGAGACGGUGGGGCAGAGGGAGUUGGAUUACUUCGUGUUGUGCCUCCAAUGGCCCGGCACCAUCUGCAAGGAUACCCACCACUGCUGUUCCUCCAAUGGCUGUUGCCGGUCACAGCCUCUGACAGAAUUUACAAUUCAUGGUCUCUGGCCAAAUUACAAUGAUGGAAGCUGGCCAGCAUGCUGCAGUCACACUGAUUUUGAUAUAAAAAAGGUUUCAUCUUUAGUACCAGAACUUGAGAAGUACUGGCCAUCCUUGUACUGCAGCACUCCCUCUCUUUGCUUUGGUGGAAGAGGACUGUUUUGGGCACAUGAGUGGGAAAAGCAUGGGACAUGUUCCUACCCAGUAAUACAGGAUGAGUAUGAUUACUUCUCCACGGUCCUUGAUCUGUACUCCAAAUACAAUGUUACGAGAAUUUUGAGCAGUGCAGGUAUCUUAGCUAGUAAUGGUGACAGAUAUCCAUUGGGAGAUGUUAUUUCCACCAUUAAGAAUGCCUUUGGGGCGUCACCCUUAGUGGUUUGCAGUCAUGGUUCUGUGGAGGAACUUAGGUUGUGCUUCUACAAGGAUUUUAAGCCUCGCGAUUGCAUAAUGGGAUCUGACAUCAUAGAUGAUGCAUCAUACUUACGAAGCUCUUGUCCUAGAUAUAUCAGUUUACCUACAUACGCUCCACUCGUUCUUGGUGAUGCCAGUGGAGCAAUGUCUUGGUCAACUGACCACUAAGACCCCGAGGCCUCCCUAGUGUUUUAGGGAUAAUCAUGCCGCAAGAUCCUUGUACGAAAUUGAAGCUGAGCAAGACAUCAUGAUAGGAGUGAAACAUUGUCAACCAAAUUACUUGGCCAUCCAAGAAUUUAAUAUGGGCUGGUUAUCUUCAUCGGUGUAGAAUGCAAACAUGUCAUUCAAAUAUGCGAAUGUAAUAUAUCCAUACAUGGUCCUGAACCUUUCAGGUUAUCUUCCUUUCCAGUUUUAGCUGUUUUAGAGGCCGAUUGUGAUAAUUGAUCAUCCAUCCUUGCCGACUGGCUUCUGAACUAAGAUUCUUAUGAAUAAUUUGUUAGUUGUAUUGUUUUAAAA